CUUGAACCUACCGAAUCAUCUUUGAUUUUUUUUUCCCCAAGCUUUUGGCCACUCUAAUGGCUUCGCCGGCCAAUCAUUUGAUCUGACGAAAGAGAGAGAAAGAAGCAGAAAAGCUUUGAGAUGGCGAUGCCGCUGGGCAUGGCGAUGUAUCUGAUGAGAAUGGUUUGGUUUUCUCUGAGUGGUUGGGUUUUCACUUGCGUGGCUAUCGCUGAUGAGAUCGCUGGUUCUCUGAGAAACGGAGAUAUUGGUCCUUUCCACGUCGGAUGAUUGAAUUCGAGAUCCUUAGCUCUCCUUCUGUGCGUAUAUGUUCUUCUCUUCCCCAAAUUUUACGUUUUUUUUUGUUUUGCUCUGUUGUUUUAGAUUAGAGUCGCUUCAAAUUUCCCUACAAACUCUGAAAUUGAUAAUAGUUUGAGUUUAUAGAGGAUAAAGAUAGAUCAUUUUGGUCGAAAAGGGAACAAUUUUUGGUGGAAGUGAUUGAUAUAUGUCUCAGUCACUCAGUGUGUGUAUGUGUAACUAAAGUUCGGCUUCGUAUAUGAAACUAUACAUAUCUUAUGGAUUCGCAUGGAUGUUGUUAUGUUAAUGAUGCUUGUUAAUGGCCCAUGAACAAAAAUCGAGAUUUCUCAACUCCAAUUUGGUUGUAUUUGUUCUGAUCAGCAACUCUGGGAUGCAUAUAAUGCUCGUUUCCUUUUGCUCAGCUGCUUGAGUUUAUCUCUCAUAGUAGCUGGUUUUUGUGUCGAUACAAGUAUCCUCAGGAUCAUUCACAUGCUCAGAUAAUUUAUCUCCUCUCUACAUAAGUACAUCAGCAUUGAUGAUAUGAUCCAUAUGCUUAAGUGAUUGUCUGGAAAACAGUUCAUAGGUGAUAAUACCUUCUUAGCUUCAGUACCAAAACAUUCCUGGAAGCAUGUUUUAUAAUCCUGAAGAUUACCUUUUGUUUUAGUUUUUCUCCUUAGCUUACUAGUCAUUGUUUUGCAUUCAGGCCUUUCUGAAUUCAGGAAGGGCU